UUCCCAGCAGCCUUUGUGGAGUAACAGCGCAUCAUUGUGCGACGCUCUUUACAGCUAGAGUCGGGAAGAACGGAUAAAUAAAAGGCGGACGAGCCCAGCUGUGCUUCGGGGGACCGCGGGGAGUCUUGACUGCGGGGAUGGAGCCGGAGCCGGAGCCGGGGAGGGGGGCUCCGCUGGCCCUCGCCCAGCCGGAGAGCUUCGUUCCUGGGGAGGUGAAGCCGGAGGAGGAGGGGGAGGAGGCGGAGGGGCUGGGCGAGGAGUGGGAGUGGGAGACCACUGUCAUCAAACAGGAGGAAGAGCCGGAGACGGAGCUCGCUGAGUCCAGGCUCCAGGGGGAGUGCGGCGGAGGAGGGGCGCAGGAGGGUGACCCCUGGGGUACGGAGGGGCAGCAGCUGUUUCCGAACGGAGCUGCGGGGAGCGGCUGUGAGGGGGGGCCCGCGCUCCUCGCAGGGUCCCGGAAGCGCAAAGCAGCGUGGACUGGGAAGCUGCCCCAGGAGGAAGGAGGCAGGGAGGGGAACGGGUACCCCUUGUACCCCAAAAUGGGAGGCGAGAUCGGAGAGAUGGGGGAGAUGCAGGAGAUGGGAGAGAUGCAGGAGAUGGGGGAGAUGCAGGAGAUGGGAGAGAUGCGGGAGAUGGGAGAGAUGCGGGAGAUCGGAGAGAUGGGGGAGAUGCGGAUGAUGGGGGAGUUGGGGGCCCCCCUCUUCGCGGUGCCAGGCGACGAAAGCUGCUCGCAGUUCCAGCACCCCGCGGCGAGAGAGGAGGUACCCCAUGGGAGCAGCUCAGGGUCAGGCGCAGAAGGGCCGUGGGAGGGCAGCCUGAUCUCCCAGCAGCAGCGGGUGGGGGGGGGGCAGGUCUGGGCCCCCCCUCCCCCCCACCCCUCCACGGGCUCCUCCCCCGCCUGCUCCAGGGCGUCCCGCCACUUCUCGGAGCUGGAGAAGAGGGUGCUGCUGGGGCUGAUCGAGCGACACCGCUCGGUGCUGGAGAGCCGCAAGGGCGACGCGGGGACCGUCCUGCGCAAGCAGCGCACCUGGCAGCAGCUGGGAGCCGAGUUCAACGGGCACCCCUGCGUCUUCCACCGCGACGCCAAGCAGCUGCGCAAGUGCUGGGAGAACAUCAAGGCCCGCGCCAAGAAGACCGCCCGCUCCUCCACCCAGGGGAGGAGAGCCAAGGCUGGGGCCGGGGGGGCGGAGGAGGGGGGCGGGGCGACGGCAGGAGCCGGGGGGAAGCAGGGGAGCAGGGAGCCGGCACCGAGGGGAAAGGGGGAGCCCGCGGAGGGGAAGGAAGGCAAGGCGGGGUCCGGGGUGGGGGAGGAAAGCUGGGGGGGAAAGGGGAGUAGGGUGUCGGGGAGCGAGCAGGUGCCAGGGGCGCAGACUUGGAGGGUGGAGGGAAGAGGGGGGAGAGGGUUGGGGUUGGGGGAGGAGCGUGAUUGGGGCUUGAGGACCCCUGGCUGGAGUGGGGCAGGGGGGCAGAGGAGGGCGAGGAUCGGGCUCGGGUUGGGAUUGGGGUUAAGGGGAGGGGAACCUCUGGGAGCUGGGCCGGAGUCGACGGACACCCCGAAACCGCAGAGGAGCGUGAACGGGGCCCCCCCACUUUCUCUCGGCAGCGGAGCCUCAACGCAGGAGCCCAGCUCGGCCAGUCAGCAGCGACGCGGCUUCAGGGAAGAAGUGGUGGAUCUCUGUGUGGAGGAAUGGGGUGUCACAGAGCAGAAGAAAAGAACCCCCAGACCCUGCAGCCUCCCCCCCCCCUCCUCCUCCUCCUCCUCCUCUCCCCCGGCACUCCCCACAAGCACGGCCAGACCGGGUGAGACGGGCAACAGCAGAAGAGAAACCGGGACCCCACCCCAUCUCUUCACCAGCCCCGCCCCGGGCGCAGGGAGACCGGAGGGGGCCAGGGGCAAGAGGAAAGGCCUGGGCAGGGGCCUGGGCCCCCCCGGCGUGGCCCCCCCUCGCAGGGAGGAGCAGCUCCAGCUCUCCCUGGUCCGGCUGCAGAUCCGACAGGCGGUGGAGCUCCACGGGGUGAAGAGGCAGCAGCUCCGGAGAGCGGGGGAGCUGGCGGAGGAGGAGCACCGGGCCAGGAUGAGGGUGCUGAGACACAAGGAGCAGUACUGGGAGAGGAAGCUGCAGCCGCUGCUCUCCCUGCCCCCUCCCCCUCCCCCUCCACCCGCCUACCCCGCUCUCUCCUCACAGCCCCUCCUCUCCCCUCCGCCCCUCCUCCCCCCUCCCUCCUUCCCUUACUCCUCCCUCUCCGUCUCCACACAGCCCGGAGCUGGGAGGCUAGGCAGACUCUAGGGGCGAUUUAGCAAUUCCAAUUCCUUUGUAAAAAUCUAUUCCUCAGUUCCGCAACAGAACCGACUGUAAUUUCGGUUGUUCCAGAUCGAGGUCCCUCUUGUGGGGGGGGGGAGGAGGAGGAGGGGGGGGGGGGGGUCUUCGCUGGCGUCGAUCGGGGCUGAUUUACCGCUCCGGAUGAGACAGUCGCUCGGGGGGGUUGUGAGGAUCGCUCUUCUCCUCCGCGGAGUCUUUAAGAAAAGCAGCGAUCGAUCAGUCCUCACGAACCCCAGCGGCUGCUUCUUAAUUCGCUCCGAGCGGUAAAUCAGCCCCGAUGGACAGCAGCGACCCCCCCCCCCCCCCCCCCCCCCGAGUCCUGCGGAGAGCGCCGUCCCGUGAGAGAACGAUCUCUUUGUAAUUUCACCGCCUGUCAGAACCUGUGCUGUGUAGUAUAGCUUGCAGCUUCACCUUGUAUUAAUUUAACUGUUUGUACAAUAAAUGUGUUUCGAUUUCUAUUCCAGCGUGUUUAAAAACUGUGC